AUGCCGCUCCUCUCCUCCCCGGACGCCGGAGACCACCAGCAGCAACUGCAGAUUGUUCCCUCGUCCGUCGGCGUCGCCCCCUCGAAGCCCGAGCCCGCACCGACGGUGUCCACCCACACGCGCACCAUCGGCAUCAUCCACCCUCCGCCGGACAUCCGGGUGAUUGUCGAGAAAACGGCCACCUUCGUCGUCAAUAACGGGCCCGAGUUCGAGCGCCGCAUCGUCGCCCACAACCAGGGCAAUGCCAAGUUCAGUUUCCUCCAGCCCUCCGACCCCUACCACGCCUACUACCAGCACCGCGUCUCUGAGAUCGCCGAACGUUCGCCCGCCGCUGAUGCCUCCGCCGCGCCGGAGUCCGAGGACGGCCAUCCUCUCCCGUCCGACUCUGCUGAUGGCGCCGAUGACAAGCCCGACCACUCUGCGCCCUUCCGUGUGGCACCGCUGACCAAGGUGCUGGUGCCACCCAAGGCUGAGCUCUACAUGGUGCGGCUGCCUGAGGGUAUCACUGGGGAGGAGCUCGACAUCAUCAAGCUGACUGCACAGUUCGUGGCUUGGAAUGGGAAGAACUUCCUGACGAGCCUGGCACACCGAGAGAGCACCAACUCGCAGUUUAACUUCAUCCGACCCACGCACAGCAUGUUUCCUUUCUUCACCAUGUUUGCCGGCGUGUACUCGAGGGUGCUGAGCCCGGAUGAGGGUGUGCCUGCACUGACAAAGGAGCUGCGGGAGGGGUCGAAGGACCUCACCACUGUGCUGGAGCGGUGCCUGAAUCGGCUGGAGUGGGACCGAUCACAGGAGCAGGCGAAGCAACAGGCAGAGGAUGAACUUGAGCUGGAGAGGGUGCAGAUGUCGAUGAUUGAUUGGCAUGAUUUUGUUGUUGUUGCGACAAUUGAGUUCGCACAUGAUGAAUAUGAGGGGCUUCCUGUCCCGCCUACGCUAGAAGAAUUGAAGCGCCGGAAGAGGAUGGAGACCUUGGGAGAGGAGGAACCCAUGGAAUUGGCUGAACCAGCUAAGGAUGUUGAGAUGGAGAUGGAUGAGGAGGAGAUGCAACUUGUUGAGGAAGGAAUGAAGGCAGCAAGGCUUGAGGAGAACAGAGGAGGAGCACAAGUUAGGGUGGCCGGUGAUCAGGAGCCGCCUAUGAGAAUUGUCAAGAACUAUAAGAGGCCCGAGGAGAGGAUCCCUGCGGCGAGGGACCCGACCAAGUUUGUUGUUUCAACAAUAACCGGAGAGCUCAUUCCGAUUAGCGAGAUGGGGGAACACAUGUGCAUCUCGCUCAUUGACCCGAAGUACAAGGAACAGAAGGAAAGAAUGCUGGCCAAGAUUAAGGAGACCACGCUUGCUCCAGAUGAUGAGGUCGUCAAUAACAUUGUUGGUCUUGCACGGACAAGGCCAGACAUAUUUGGAACGACUGAGGAAGAGGUUUCUAAUGCCGUCAAGGCAGAAAUUGAAAAGAAAAAGGAUGAGCAGCCAAAGCAGGUUAUUUGGGAUGGUCAUUCUGGUAGCAUUGGUCAAACUGCCACUCAGGCAAUGUCUAUGGGUGGUGAAGAACAAGUUGAUGCCUCAAAUGUUCCAGGUCCAACUCCACUUCCCCGGUUUGUCAUGCCGUUGCCCCAGCCUCCUCAACCACUUUCUUUGGUUAAUGUUCCCCGAUUUACACCAAAUCCAAUGCCUUAUCAUCUCCAAACCCCAGCUCAUCAUAAGCAAGGAGUUCCACAUAUGAUGUCCAACAUGCACCCACAGAUGAUUAGGAUGUCAGGUCCCAUGGGUCCUAUGCCAAACAAUAUCCCCCCUCGUCCAGGCCAUAUUACUCAGUUCAUGCCUGGUCCACCAAGGUUCCCUAUGCUGCCACCCCCGCACAUGCAGACCACGCCAUCCAUGGUCAACCCCAUCGGAAUCCCCCAGGCUCCACCACCUUUGCCUCCACAACCACCUGCCGAGGAGCAGCCACCUCUACCUGAGGAACCAGAACCAAAGAGGCAGAAAACAGAUGAUGCUUCUCUGAUCCCAGUUGAGCAGUUUCUUGUUCAGCAUCCGGGCCCUGCGCGCAUCUUGGUUUCUGUACCCAACCUCGAUGAAGGAAGCUUGCGAGGCCAAGUUUUGGAGAUCUCUGUCCAGUCACUCUCAGACACAGUCGGCAGUCUGAAGGAGCAGAUUGCUGGAGAGCUGCAGCUUCCUGCUAAUAAGCAGAAGUUGAGUGUGAGAACUAGUUUCCUCAAAGACAAUCUUUCUCUUGCUUAUUACAAUGUUGGCCCUGGGGUGGUGAUCAAUCUAACUCUGAGAGAGCGCGGUGGGAGAAAGAAAUGA